CAUGGACCCGAGAAGGUAGCUUGGGGGGGCCGACACUACCUUUCAUCCUCACUCUUUGUGACAGUCACAUCCUUCCUUCAUUGGGGAAGUUUCACGUCUAGCCAGAGAGGAGUUUGUCUUCAGGAAAGCGUAAUUAGGGUUUUGCAGCAUGAAGAAGCGUCAACAGGCGCCGAGAAGGUGCGAGCAGCCACUAAGAAGUAAUGGUAGUUCAUCUUGUGCCAGGCGGGGUGUCAGGUAUGGAGAGUGCCAGAAGAAUCAUGCGGCCAACAUCGGAGGAUUUGCCGUGGAUGGGUGUAGGGAAUUUAUGGCGAGUGGGGAGGAGGGAACAAACGGAGCACUAAAGUGUGCUGCCUGUGGCUGCCACAGGAACUUCCAUAGGAGAGAGUUGGAGAGCGAUGAGUCGUCGGAGUGUACUUCCCCUAGUUUUACAGGGAAGUAAUGAGGUUUACUUGUGCUUUGCUUUUGUUUAUGGAUAUUCUUUUGGUAUUUCUGGAAUUUGUGUGGUUGAAGUCU